CUCUCUUUUCCCUCCCUCCUUCUGAACCUGUUGGCUUGUAUCUGUUAAUGAUAAAUCCAAAUAUAAUGACUGUGUCGAAAUAAGUAAAUCUUCGUUUAGCUUUGCUGUUUACGCAACGCUACUUUGAGCUUCCAUUCUCGCCUGCAUUCUACAUGAUCAUCACGACCAUAGCCACAGUACAAUAUGGCUUUCACUUGGUCCCGCCUGCUUCUUUCUCGCUCUUCACCUUCCACCUACUCCAUCUUCUCCGAUCUUACCCUAGCUCGCUCUGGUGACAUGCUAUGUCCCACAUCUUCUUCUUUGGUCCACCGAAGCAGCAUCUCCGUUGAGCUUCCAUUUACCCUCACAACCAGGCUUUUGAGGUCCAGACUUCAAGUCCAAUGCUCCGCCAAAUCCACGGGGGAGGAGCAGCGAACUUCGGGAGAAACUGUCUUAUCUUAUUCCAGCGAAGCCAGGCAUGACGAGACAAAUGAGGCACAGAGACCGGUCUCCACCUCGUCAGGAGAUUCUUUCUCUCUUGGAAUUCGAGAACCAGUUUAUGAGGUUUUGGAGGUGAAUUCUAAUGGAACGGUAUCAACUAGAGCAAUCAACAGAAGACAGCUGUUGAAGUCAAGUGGUCUUCGUCCACGAGAUGUUCGAAGUGUGGAUCCUUCACUGUUUUUGACAAAUUCAAUGCCUUCUUUGCUGGUUCGUGAGCAUGCUAUUCUUCUAAAUUUGGGUUCAUUACGGGCAAUAGCAAUGCAGGAGCGUGUACUUAUAUUUAACUAUAACUGCAGUAAAGGAGGGAAAGCUUUUUUAGAGUCAUUACUGCCUCGGUUAAACCCUAAGAACAACAAUGGAGGACCAUCCAUGCUAUUUGAGCUUGAGGUUGUUGAAGCAGCACUUCUUUCAAGAAUCCAGCAUUUAGAACAGAAACUGAUGCACUUAGAACCUCGUGUUCAAGCUCUUCUUGAGGUCUUGCCGAACCGACUAACUGGCAAUAUAUUGGAGGAACUUCGUAUCAGCAAACAAACAUUGGUUGAGUUAGGUUCGAGGGCAGGAGCUCUCAGGCAAAUGCUUCUUGACCUCCUGGAGGACCCUCUUGAAAUACAGAGUAUGUGUAUUAUGGGAAGAAACUGCAUGCUUAAGAAAGGACAUGACAAUGUAGAAUGCUCAGUAGCCUCAGAAAAGCAGAUUGCUGAGGAGGAACAGGAGGAAAUCGAGAUGCUUUUAGAAAAUUACCUUCAAAGAUGUGAAUCUUGCCAUGGCCAAGCUGAAAGGCUUCUAGAUUCCGCCAGAGAAAUGGAAGAUUCUAUAUCUGUCAGUCUAAGCUCAAGGAGGCUUGAGGUUAGCAGAGUGGAACUACUUCUUCAGGUGGGGGCAUUCUGUUUGGCCGUUGGUGCCCUUAUAACAGGUAUUUUUGGCAUGAAUCUGAAGUCCUAUCUUGAACAACGUGUGUAUGCAUUUUGGCUGACAACAGCUGGGAUUAUAGUUGGUGCGGUUGUAGCCUUCUUUCUUAUGUAUUCCUAUCUCAAGGCAAGGAAAAUAUUUUGACUGCGAGAGACCGCGAAAUUAGGUGAGAACCAAAUAUAAAGAAAUUCAGCACCCGAUUAAUAUCAUCAUGGCACUCGAAUGUGAUCCAUUAUGGAUUUCUGGCGCGUGACGUGACUUGCGACUGUAGAUUGUGCGUAUUGUCUACAAGUCGAAGCGCAUAAACAAUUUUUUAGUGCUUCUGAGAGGUCACAGUGGCUAUGAAGUCGAGAUCUUGUGAGUUUCCGGAAGCCAUUCGUUGAGAAAUAAUUCAUACAUUUGUUUUCUUAUACUUCGCUCGGCUUGUAUGUGCAAGAACAUGCUCCUCAUUGAUAGCAUCAAGGAAUCAACUUUCCCGUAAUGUUACAUGGCCACGCAUUGCUCAAACACUUGGUCAAAUAAGGCCUGCAUAUUAUUUGAUCCUAUAUCUUCACGAGAAUAGCAUUGCAUUUAUGAGCAA